GCUGAGCGUAAACGCGCAAGAGAAGUUAGUCCCGACCCAGCUUCGACUCCUCCAUCAGAAACACCUCCCUUGCUGUCACCUCCUAGAGCAGGAGACCAAGAAAAUAUCGAUUCUGAAGAUUAUGACUUCUUGGAAGAGGAAAUAAUUAAAGACGAUGCUUCCGAAGAAGAAAUGGACUCUGAGGGUGAAAACUUAUUUGAUGGGGAAAUAAUGGAGAGAGAUUAUCAGCCCAAUCCUUUGCUCGAUACUUAUGAUAUAGAAGAUAUAGAUGAUGAUGAUAUCCAUGAGCCUAUGCCCUUUGACGCUCGCAGACGCGUUGAAAUGAUUAUGGAUCAAUUAGACCAAAUGGGUGCUCAAGGAGAACAAUUAUACG